CCACAUGCCUUCCAUAUAUUAAUUUCAAUCUGCCGCAAUUAAGCAUUAUUGUUCCACAUUCAAAACACAACAACUCUAAUGACUCUCUUCUUCAUCGAUUUGUCUUUUCUACUUUGAAGCUCUCUCCUCCUCCUCCUACUUCUUCUUCUCUCUAAUAACACUCAAAAACACCGCCUUCCAAUUGGGUUAAUUUUGUCUAAGAGAAGGAUAUUUGCUUUUUUAUUAAUAUUAUUUACAUUCUCUUUUCCUUAACUCACACUUUGCAAUAUGAAGAUCUCUGGCUUCUGGAUAAUGUUCUUCGUAGUUUGGGCAGCCUUGACGUUCCUUGGCUUUUCUAACUGCAAAACUGGCUCUACCGUUCAAGAUAGUAUGGGGUACCACCAUGGUGAUGGCUCAACUGUGAUACCAAUAAAAAGCAGAAAGCUCAAGGAAACUAGUUAUAAACCAAAGGCAAAGGAAACUGAAGAUGAGCCCACUAUAGAUCUGCAAGAUUACCACCCAAUUGAUCCAGUUCCAAGCUCAAAGACUUCUAUAAAACAUGGGCCAAUCCAGCAUGGGACUCCUGUAAUCCCAUAUAUCCCAAAGCCUUCUCCGCCUGACCAUCCCAAGCGUGGUGGUGGUGGGUCUGGUUAACAAAUCCUGUGAAAGAUUUGGCCACUUGGAAGAUUAAUGGUAUGCCACUUUGUUCAUUUGUACUUCAUGUGUUUGCGUUGACUAGUUUGAUGCACUGCUGCUGAUGACUAUGAACUUAUUUGUCUUUAUAUUAUUUAUCAAUGUUCUGUGUCCAAACCUUUUAACAUAUUUAAUAUAGUAAUAAUUUGUGGCAGACA